CCUCCAGCAAGAUGACAUAGUAUAUGUCAAGUCCUAACAGUAUGGACACACCUUCAGCAUUAUGGUAUAUAACAGAGAAGAAAUGCUUCAGUUUCAUAAACACAGCACUCCAAACGCUCCAAACUUCCUGAAGUGCAGCAACAUGUUCGAAACGCAUCAAGCACACUGGGUGGCGCUGUUCAGUAGAGCGGCAGUGUUUGCUCUCCUGAUGUGGGCACCUCUGCAGGUGGCAGCAGAUUCAGAAGAGGAGGCCCCCUCAGAUUGGUUGCUGUGGAAAAAGUUCCAUCAAAUAUCCUACGAUGACGAGAGUGACGACGUUCAGAGACAGACGAUCUGGGAGAGCAACAUGCGAAUGAUUGAGAAAAACAAUGAAGAUUUCCACUUCGGACUGUCAACGUUUAGCAUGGCAAUGAACAAAUACGGUGACCUUACCAAGAUGGAGUAUAACCGCUUGUUGGGUGCCAAAAUUAAUGGCCCAAUAAAUAGGAAGGGAAAGACUGUAUCUGCGCAAGCGUUACGUGUCAACGCUAACAGACUGGGAUUGACCAACGUGGACUAUCGAGCACAAGGAUAUGUGACUGAAGUCAAAGAUCAAGGAUACUGUGGAUCUUGCUGGGCCUUUAGCACUACAGGCGCCAUUGAAGGACAAAUGUUCAAGAGGACGGGACGGUUGGUGUCCCUCAGCGAACAGCAGCUGGUGGACUGUUCCAGGUCCUACGGCACGUAUGGCUGCAGCGGAGCCUGGAUGGCGAACGCCUAUGAUUACGUGCUCCAUAAAGGGCUGGAAAGCUCUGACACUUACCCCUAUACAUCAGUGGAUACCCAGCCCUGUUUUUAUGACAGAGGUUUAGUUGCAGCCAGAAUCAGUGACUACAGGUUCAUCCCGGCCGGAGAUGAACAGGCUCUGGCUGAUGCUGUGGCAACUAUUGGUCCGAUCACUGUCGCCAUAGAUGCCGAUCAUCCAAGUUUCCUCUUCUACAGUUCAGGAAUCUACAAGGAAUCUAACUGUAACCCUAACAACCUCAACCAUGCUGUGCUUGUGGUUGGUUAUGGCUCAGAGAGGGGCAAAGAUUACUGGAUAAUCAAAAACAGUUGGGGAACAGGAUGGGGUGAAGGAGGCUACAUGCGAAUGCUCCGCAAUGGUAGAAAUAUUUGCGGAAUCGCCAGCUAUGCUCUUUAUCCCGUUGUGUGAGAAGAACCAGAAGUUUCCAAAUAAAGAC